GAAUCUCGCGCUCUGCUCUCCUCUUUUUACAUUUUCUACUCGAAAGUACAAGCCGAGAGAGCACGAUGGCGCACGUUGCUGGAGCAACAAAGUGGAACAACUUCUAUCGUGUUGUUCGAAUUUCCCUCUCGUUUCGAAAUUAUGGCAGCAAAUUCGAAUUCUAUAUAGUUCGCGGGCCACCGACUGCGUAAUUUAGAGCAAUUCUUUUAGGCAAGGACCUCCGGGAACGAAGUAAAAGGAAUUUAAAAUCUUCAGCGACGCCUGAAUGUUGGGAAUUAUUAUUUAUUUUGUA